GCUGGCAGUAGCGCAGCUGGAGAAGGUGCACCGGGUUCGAGCAGUCCAGCGCGGGGCUGGCGCGGGAUUUUACUCUACACAUAUUUUUUACGAACGGAGCUGGAGAUGCAGGGAAACUGGAGGAUCCUGUUCUCGCACAUGUGCAGCAGCAGCUUCCUUCUGCUCUGGAUCUUCGUCGGCUUGAAUGUGGUGGAGGUGGCGGGGUCCCAGCAAGGGAUCCCUCUGUCAGUUGUAAAGCUUUGGGCCUCUGCAUUUGGUGGAGAAAUCAAAUCAAUUUCUGCAAAAUAUUCUGGAUCACAACUACUACAGAAGGAGCUCUGGGCGAUAACAGCACCACGUCCAGGGACCAACUCCAGUUCUGAAGGAAGUACCCCGGUCAAGGGCAGUGGCAGGAUUAAUCCGAAGAACACUGCUGCAUGCCUUGGAGGGUGGGAGGAAAGCGGAUCACCUAGAGGAAGUCCACGCAGACAUGGGGAGAGCAUCCAAACUGCAUUCAGAAAGCGGCUCCAGGGUCCAAAUCUGGGAGCGUCUUGCCCAGAGAAAUAUAAAGAAUUAGAGAAGUCGGUCAGAGUGGAGGAGAUUGAUGGAGUGAAACUGGUCAAAAACCUGGCGGUGAAGAUGGAGGAGGUGUUCCGAAAGAAAGCAGAGGCCACCAGGCGCCUGGUGGAAGCAGCAGAAGAAGCGCACCACCAACAUGAAGAAAACCCGGACCUGCAGUAUGAGUACUUCAACGCUGUGCUGAUCAAUGAAGUGGACGGGGACGGUAAUAAUGUGGAGCUGGGAGGAGAGUUCAUCCUGGAGCCCAACGACCAUUUCAAUAACCUCUCGGUCAACCUCAGCCUCAGUGUGGUGCAGGUGCCCACCAACAUGUACAACAAAGAUCCUGACAUAGUGAACGGGGUUUACUGGUCCGAGGCCCUGAAUAAAGUGUUUGUGGAUAAUUUUGAAAGAGAUCCAACACUUAUCUGGCAGUAUUUUGGGAGCGCCAAAGGUUUCUUCAGGCAGUAUCCUGGAGUUAAAUGGCAUCCAGAUGAACACGGUGUCAUUGGUUUUGACUGCAGGAAUCGGAAGUGGUACAUCCAGGCGGCUACGUCUCCUAAGGAUGUUGUGAUCUUGGUUGAUGUUAGUGGAAGCAUGAAGGGGCUGAGGCUGACCAUCGCCAGGCAGACAGUUUCCUCCAUAUUAGACACACUGGGAGAUGAUGACUUCUUCAACAUCAUUGCAUAUAAUCAGGAGAUCCACUACGUGGAGCCUUGUUUGAAUGGUACGCUGAUCCGGGCUGACAGAACAAAUAAAGACCAUUUCCGCGAACAUCUGGAUAAGCUGUUUGCCAAAGGGAUCGGGCUCCUGGGUGAGGCUCUGGCUGAAGCCUUCACCAUCCUGAGUGAUUUUAAUCAGACGGGACGUGGCAGUGUGUGCAGCCAGGCCAUAAUGCUGGUGACUGAUGGGGCGACGGAAAUGUACGAUGAUGUUUUUGAGAAGUACAACUGGCCAGAGAGAAAAGUGCGGAUAUUCCCUUACCUGAUUGGGCGAGAGUCUGCAUUUGCUGAUAACCUUAAGUGGAUGGCAUGCGCCAACAAAGGAUAUUUUAGUCAGAUCUCAACCUUAGCCGAUGUUCAGGAGAACGUGAUGAGGUAUCUUCAUGUCAUGAGCCGCCCGAAGGUUAUCGAUCAUGAACACGACACAGUGUGGACUGAAGCUUACGUGGACAGUGCACUUUCUCAAGCUCAUAAGCUGAACGACAAGUCAGGCCCCAGUCUGAUGACCACAGUAGCCAUGCCUGUCUUCAGUACAAAGAAUGAAACGAAGAACCAGGGUAUCCUGUUGGGGGUCGUAGGAACAGACAUCCCUCUGCAGGAGCUGAUGAAGCUCAUCCCCAAACAUAUGUUAGGGAUCCAUGGAUAUGCAUUUGCCAUCACAAACAAUGGCUACAUCCUGAUCCAUCCCGACCUCAGGCCUUUGUAUCAGGAUGGUAAGAAGAGGAGGAAGCCCAACUACAGCAGCGUGGAUCUCUCUGAGGUGGAGUGGGAAGACAAAGAUGACAUUCUACGCAAUGCGAUGGUGAACAGGAGGACGGGGACUUUCUCUAUGGAGGUGAAGAAGACUGUGGACAGAGGGAGGCGUGUGCUCAAGAUGCACAACGACUAUUACUACACUGACAUCAAAGGAACUCCAUUUAGUGUUGGAGUGGCUCUUUCAAGAGGUCAUGGAAAGUUCUUCUUCAGAGGAAAUGUAUCAGUGGAAGCAGGCCUCCGUGAUCUGGAACAGCCAGAUGUCGCCCUGGCAGAUGAAUGGACAUACUGCAACACAGAGGAGCAGCAUGAGCACCGUCACCUGACCCAGAUUCAAGCCAUCAAGCUCUUCAUGACAGGCCGCAGACCGCACCUCAAGUGUGACAGAGAGCUGAUCCAGGAAGUGCUGUUUGAUGCCGUGGUCACUGCUCCACUGGAAGCCUACUGGACUGGACUGGCUCUCAACAAGUCAGAGAACUCUGACAAAGGAGUGGAGAUCACUUUCCUGGGUACACGUACUGGUCUGUCGAGAACCAACCUGUUCGUACCAGCCGAUCAGCUCUCUAAUCAAGAUUUCCUGACAGCGGAGGACAAGGAAGGUGUGUUUAAUGCUGAUCACUUCCCUCUGUGGUACAAGAGAGCUGCAGAGCAGGUCCCUGGCACGUUUGUCUACUCCAUACCCUUCAGCACAGCUUUAGAAAACAAGAGUGUAGUUUUAGCCAGCACUGCAAUUCAGCUCAUGGACGACAGAAAGUCACCCAUUUUUGCUGCUGUAGGGAUCCAAAUGAAGCUUGAGUUCUUUCAGAGGAAGUUCUGGACUGCCUGCAGACAGUGUACAGCCCUGGAUGGAAAAUGCAGCAUUAGCUGUGAUAACGACGACAUUAACUGUUACCUCAUCGACAACAACGGUUUCAUUCUUGUGACAGAAGAACAGUCUCAGACAGGGCUCUUCUUUGGGGAAGUGGAGGGUGCUGUUAUGAACAAACUUCUUCAGAUGGGGUCCUUUAAAAGGAUCACGCUGUAUGACUACCAGGCCCUUUGCAAAGAGUACGCUGGCAGCAGCGACAGUGGCCGCUCUUUGUCAGAUCCUUUUUCUGUGGUUAAGUGGCUCCUGACUGAACUUGUCAUUUUUCUGCUAGAAUUUAACCUUUACAGCUGGUGGAAUAUCGAUCUUUCUGUUAAAGCUCAGAGGUCUCGGGGUAAAACCAUGAUGGUGCCGUGUGACACAGAAUAUCCUGCUUUUGUCUCUGAACGCACCAUCAAAGAAACAACAGGCAACAUUGAAUGUGACGGCUGUAGCAGAUCUUUUGUUAUACAGCAGAUUCCCAGCAGCAAUCUCUUCAUGGUUGUCGUGGAUAAUAAGUGUGACUGCAGUAAUGCUCCUCCGGUCACCAUGGAUCCUAUCGAGAUCAUGUACAAUGAGUCACUAAAAUGUGACAGACUGAAGUUUCAGAAGGACAGAAAGAAGCCUGAAUCGUGUCAUCCUUUCCACCCCGAGGAAAAUGCCAUGGAGUGUGGCUCCGCAACACGUCUCUCUAGUCCUCUGGCAGCAGCUCUUCUGCCUCUGAUAGCAGCGACCAUCAGCAGGUGACCACUGACAGCACAGCUGGACCUCAGUAAGGACUAACUCAUUAAGAAGAUGCUUCAACACAUAGAGAACACGGCCCAUCAGAAAUGAAACUGCUCAUACUUCUGCCACAGGCAGCAAUCUGCUAAGACAAACUCUUUAUCAGUAGCACCGAGACUCACAUUCAUUAAUGCAGAAAACAUAAAAGAAAGUGGGAGUAACGGAGUGCUGGGUGGCUUUGCUGCUAGAGUAUUGCAGAUCACGCCGCUGACAGUUUGUCAUAUUGUUCUGAAUGUGUGCUGAAAAAUUAAGAGAAAAAAUGUAAGCAGUAUGUCUAAAGUAAAAACAAAUACCUAGAGUACAGGGCUUUCUUGUCACAGUCUAAAACAGGUCCUUUGUGCAAAGGAUGAUAGUGAGACAUUAAAUGUUUGCUUCUUUGUUGUGAGAGGAAAAAAAAAUGAAAGCUAACGUCUGCAGAAUGUAAAACGCACUUUUGUGUAAUGUGAAAAGAAUGCUGGGCAGUAUAUACUGUGUAUUUGGCAACAAAUUGCUAAACUAUUUACUGUGCCAUCAAAGUUUUCGUUCAAGUAUUUUACGUUGAUUUUGUAAUUAAGUUCUUUUCUUAUGUCUUAUGUAAUGAAUGGCAGAGAGACAAAAUAAUAAAUGUAAAGGCUCCGUUCUGCCAGAUUCUCUCUGUUUUAAAGCAGAAGAUAGCUGAGACAAGAAAAAGAUGCAUGAUGAAGAUUCGGCAGUGAGUUUGGAGGAUGUUACGAUGGUGUGCUCUGUCAUAAUUUGUCAAGAUGACCACAUAUUCUUAACCAAGCUGAUGAAUAAAUACAUAGACAUAUUUUC